GCCCUCAAAUCAAAUCCCACAAAGCCGUAUCUCUUCUUCUCCCUCUCUCUGUCUCUCCGAUCUUUCUCUCUCAGAAGACAGAAUGAGAGAAGCAGCAUCAUCAGUUGCCAAAUCCAGAUUGGUAUCUGAGAUUUGCUCUCUAUCAACUCUCACCAUUACCUGCAUCCACAGAGAAUUUCCCCGUCUGUCUUCCCCUGCCUCGUAUUUCAUCGACUGGUAUCGCCUUCUCGGCGUAUGAUCCUCAAUCCUUUCUCCCCCACCCAAAAGAUCUCGCCUUUCUAUCUUCUGUCAUCAACCCUUUUUUGUUUGAUCACUUGUUUUCCCACACAGGUUGAAGAAAAUGCAGAUUCCGACGACAUCAGAAGGCGGUACCAUCGCCUCGCUCUACAGCUUCAUCCUGACAAGAACAAUCACCCGAAAGCCGAGAUCGCAUUCAAGCUCAUCCUCCAGGGGUACUCUGUUCUGUCAGACGAUGUGAAGAGGAGACAGUUCGAUUGUGAGAGGAAGAAAUGCUUCUGCAUUGAAUGCAACAGAAUCCCUUAUUCAUCACCAAAGGUGAAGGAAUCCAUCAAAGAGAGUCGUUCGAGGGAUUACCGAAUUCGGCAGGCUUUGAAGGACAUAAGGGAGAGGUUCAAGGAAGAAGCUAGAGUGAUGGAGAAUUGUCUCAAGGUCAAUGCUUCUUCAUCCUCCAGAAGGGACGAAGCCCCGGUUUUCGUACCAUCUUCUUCGUCGAACCAGUCGUUGUUGUUCCGAUGCAGAUCGAGGAGAGAAUCCCCCGUCUUCGACCCGUGUAACUAUGGAGCUGAAGGGUAUCCUCAUUUUAGGGAGAGGAGCUUUAGCAAGAAGCCUGAGAGUUUCUGGAACAUGCAGAGGAGACAGAGUUUUAGUAAUAAUGGACAGGGGUCAAGAACUUCUGAAGUUCCUGUGUUUGAGAACAGGCUAGAUAGAGGGAUAUUGAAAAGCAAACCUGCUUGCGUCCAUUCAUAAGCAUUCUUCUCCAUAAUGCGGGAAAUUCAGCAUUCUUUUUUAACAUUAGGGAUUGUUCCUGUGUUGCUGUCUGCUAAUUGGUGCUGCUGCUGAAAAACGACUCAAUACAAGUGCUGACAAGAGAGCAUUACAC